AAAAAUAGGAAAAUAAGCGGUGGAAUAAAUUUCAUUAUAAUUUAGUUUUUCCCUUAAAAAUGGCAGUGAAAGUGACAGAGAGCGGGAACGCGUAGCUCUUUCUCCUUCCUCUCUCUGCUUUGCUAAUUGCUUUGCUUGAGCUGACAGUCAUUUCUCAUCUUUCUCUUUUUUUUUUCUCUCUCCUUCCCUUCUUUAUUAAGCUUAAAUACCAAGCCAUUUCCCAUUUCUCGAGAUCUGAGCUUCUUUCUCUCGUUUCUUGCUUCUUCCUUCACUUUCCCCUCUUCUAAUUUCCCAGUUUGUUUUUUUGCUUGGAGUUUUUUCAAGUGUUUGCAACCCUUUUGUUAGUUACCGUCUCGGCUAGAAAACAUGGUUUCUCCCAUUGAGACUGAGAAACAGACACAGGAGGUUGAAAAGCCGACGUACAAGUACUCCAGACAUCCGUGUUUGAAUGAGAGAAUUCUUUCGUCCAUGACCCGGAGAUCAGUUGCUGCACACCCUUGGCAUGAUCUUGAGAUUGGUCCUGGAGCUCCUGUUAUUUUCAACUGUGUCAUUGAAAUAGCUAGAGGGAGUAAGGUCAAAUAUGAACUAGACAAAAAAACUGGUUUAAUUAAGGUUGAUCGUAUCCUUUAUUCAUCAGUUGUAUAUCCCCACAACUAUGGAUUCAUCCCUCGAACACUUUGUGAAGACAGUGACCCCAUGGAUGUCUUGGUGAUCAUGCAGGAGCCUGUUCUCCCAGGAUGCUUCUUGCGAGCAAAAGCCAUUGGAUUGAUGCCAAUGAUUGAUCAGGGGGAGAAAGAUGACAAGAUAAUUGCUGUUUGUGCUGACGAUCCUGAGUACCGUCAUUACAAUGACAUAAAGGAACUCCCACCACAUCGUUUGGCUGAAAUACGUCGCUUCUUUGAAGAUUAUAAGAAAAAUGAAAAUAAGGAAGUUGCGGUUGAUGAUUUUCUGCCUUCAGCAUCAGCUCAUGAGGCAAUCCAGUAUUCCAUGGAUCUUUAUGCAAAUUAUGUUGUGGAGACUUUGAGGCAGUAGCAUUCCUUCAUCGACUGCAUAUCCGUGGAAGUUUUGUAUUAUAAGCUUCUUAUACUGAAGAUUUUUUCAAACGGCUGUAUACCGUCUUCUGUUGAAAUGAAAAACAGUAAUGUAGAAACCUUGGUGACACUCAUUUAGAUGCUUAUUAUCCAAGCUGAAUGCUUACAUGUGUGUAAUAACAAUCGUAAGCGUUGUAAUGGUCCUCAAUUUCUUAUAUGAAUUGCUUUUCUUCAGUAUGCUA